AGCAUCAGAGCACGACUGUGAUGCCGGACGCGCCCACACGACAUCUCCGCUAAGCUUCAACAUUACUAUUAUUGUUACAGUUUGUAGGGUCUAUAAUUUAUUAGUGUUUCUAUUUAUACUCCAGUAAACUUAGGAUAUUUAUUUAUUUAUUGUCUACCACGGUACAUUUUCGAAGGAUCAAUUGUUAUCGGUUUUGUAGUGGAACAAUCUUCACGACUUGGAGGGUUUGGUCAGUUUUUUUCCAUUUACAGCGGAGCUGAAGAAACGGAUUUGUCUUUUUAAUUAUUAUUAUUGAGAAUGACCAAAGCCCCUGUAAAAACAAAGAUGACUCUUUUAAACAUCGCUCCGGAUGUAGACAGCUGCAGUUCCAACAGCACUGAGAACACAAGUUAUCCAGACUGUCCCUUCAUAAAAAAGGGAAUGCCGUAUACAGACAUGGACGCAGAAAGCCAGAACUUUCUCACUGAUCAUCAAUUGGGAAAAAAGAAAUUUGAAGCUGAAUAUAGCCCUGGUUCGGCGUCGUUUGGGAUGUCUGUGUUUAACUUGGGUAAUGCCAUCAUGGGAAGUGGAAUCCUUGGACUUGCUUAUGCCAUGGCCAACACCGGCAUCGCCAUGUUUGUGAUCUUGCUGGUGGCCGUGGCUAUUUUCUCUCUCUACUCAGUCCAUUUGCUGCUCAAAACGGCCAACGAAGGAGGUUCUCUGGUGUAUGAACAGCUGGGGUACAAGGCCUUCGGCAUCCCCGGAAAACUGGCAGCGUCCUGCUCUAUCACCAUGCAGAACUUUGGAGCUAUGGCAAGCUACCUCUACAUCGUGAAGUACGAGAUGCCCAUCGUCAUUAAGGCCUUCUUGGACUCUACCGACAACUCGUGGUACACUAAUGGAGAUUAUCUGGUGCUGAUUGUCAGUGUGGCCGUCAUACUGCCGCUGUCGCUGCUUAAAAACCUGGGUUAUCUGGGAUACACGAGUGGUUUCUCAUUGUUGUGUAUGGUGUUCUUCCUGAUUGUGGUGAUCUACAAGAAGUUCCAGAUCCCCUGUCCGUUACCGGAGAACUUCAUUAACAUCACAGUGAACGUCUCUCAGCCGCAGGUCAACACUACUGAUGAAGAGUGCUGCAAACCCAAGUACUUCGUCUUCAACUCACAGACUGUGUAUGCAGUGCCCAUCCUGACCUUUGCGUUUGUGUGCCACCCGGCGAUUCUGCCCAUGUACGCGGAGCUCAAAGAUCGUUCCAGAAGGAAGAUGCAGAGCGUUGCAAAUGUCUCGUUCCUGGGAAUGUUUAUCAUGUAUCUGUUGGCUGCUCUGUUUGGAUACCUGACCUUCAACGAGGCUGUUGAACCUGAGCUCCUGCACACUUACUCCAAGGUCUACAGCUUUGAUAUGGUGCUUCUGAUCGUGCGUUUUGCCGUCCUGACCGCCGUGACGCUGACGGUGCCCGUGGUUCUCUUCCCAAUCCGCAACUCCGUCAACCAUCUGCUCUGCGCCUCUAAAGAGUUCAGCUGGCCGCGUCACAUCUGCAUCACCGUCGUUCUGCUCAUCUGCGUCAACAUCCUCGUCAUCUUCGUUCCCACCAUCAGAGACAUUUUCGGAUUCAUCGGUGCAUCCGCUGCUGCUAUGUUGAUAUUCAUCCUUCCCUCGGCUUUCUACAUCAAACUGGUGAAGAAGGAGUCCAUGAAGUCUAUCCAGAAGAUCGGGGCGACUUUGUUCCUCAUCAUGGGAAUCAUCGUGAUGUUCAGCAGCAUGGGUUUGAUCGUCGCAGACUGGAUCCACAACGCAGGAUCUUCAGAGGAGCACACCAAUGGCCACUAGUGGGCGUGUCCUAACCCUGAUUGACGGGCAGAUGGGCGGAGCCAAGCCACUUACGCUGCAUCUGAAAACUAGAAGAAGCUGCUCUAUUUUCAGCACAGAGCAAAGACAAACAUCCCAUUCUGAAAGAAUGUCCUGAACUUUGUACAGUAUACUGUUAGGCCACACAGAUGGUACUCCACUCGUAUUGUUGUGCUUUUUUUGGUCCAUUUGCUUUUCUUUUGUGUUGUUCUUCCGUUACAGCUGAGUUUUCCGUGGUACGUCGCACAGAAACACGUGCAUUAUUCUCCGUAUUCAGGUUAGGCGUUUUGUACACACAACCAAAUCGAUUUCACGAUCAACAUUGAGCGGAGCUUUGCCUGCAGAUGCGUGUUCGAUCCGUUUGUAUCCUUGCCAAAAAUAUUGGUGUUUGCCUGUAGAAAAGCACUUACUCUUUUUCAGCAAAUGUGAAAAAAACUGUAAAUUCGCACAUUUUUGCUAUGCUUUUAACGCAUUUGUUACGAUGCCAUUUAUACUGUACUACUUGAGUCACCUUGGCCUGUCGUGUAGAUCUACUAAUGAACAAAUAUUGAUUGGUAGUGGUUGAUUUCAGACGGGUGGAACGACUGAAUUAAUUUACUGUAACUUAUUUAAACCGGGAUGACAGCGAUGGGUGUUUUACAGUCAACAUGAGACACAGCUAACAGGGAAUGAAUGCAGAACGUUCUGUCAAUUUUUUCCUUUAAGUUAUUAACAAACUCUAACAAGAUGUUCAUUCUUGUAACGUUAAAAGAAUCUUCCAGUAACGUUAAUAGAAUGUUUGUUUUAAGGUUCUCUGCUCUCUCAAAAUAUUUGUGUAAAAGCAUUAUUUAUACAUUGUUGAUAAACACUUUAGUUGGACAUUUAUCUAGCAUUUUUGAAACACUAAAAUGCAACAUUCAGAAUUUUAAAUGAACGUUCUUCUAGUAACAUUUAUAGAACGUUCGUUCAAAGUUGGAUGUUGUGGUAACAUUUUUUUUAAAUGCUGCUACUUGUUUUAGAAUGUUCAGAGAACAUUCAAAAGUAACUUUCCCGCAAUGUUUACAAAAGUAUCAACUGAAUGUUCCCUUAACAUUAAAAUACAAUAAUAGCUAAUAAUGAUUUAAUAAAGUGUCUUGUUCCACUCUGCGAUACGUCACAUUAAGGAACGAUUUGCUGAUUGUUGUUUCAUGUCGACUUUAAAGCUUCACAGUAUGAUUGUCAUCACUUUUGCUUUGUAAACCGUAAGAUCUAAUGGCUGAUCGUUGUUGCUGAGGUGAAAUUAAACUGUUCUGUUCAACUUGACUUACCAUUCAGCGUUUGCCAUCGGCAGCUUGAAGUUAUUCCCUGAAAGAGAAAGACAGACAGACAGAGAAGUGUGUGUCGUCCACCAAUCAGUCGUUAUGAGUGUUGUGAAUGGAGAGGUCACAUGACCACCGUGUCUCACACACACACACACACACCUCACUGUGCUUCCAACAGCUAAACCUCAUGUGUCAUCCAACCUGUAACUCUCCAGCCGUUAUUUAUGGAAAAACAUCAGUGUAAUUUAAUCUAUUUUACUGUAUUAUGUGUAAAUAUAUAUAUUGUAUAUAUGUGUAGAUACCACAAAAUGAAGUGUAUAUAUGCUGUCAUUUAUUCUUGUUUUUUUUCUCCGUUUUGCUCAACAUGUUUGAAUUAUGAAAAUAGCUUUAGCUGUACCUCUGUGUGUCGGGGCCCUGAUCGGCCCUUCUUCAUCUGGCUGUGAAUUUUAAACUGCGCACAAGAUUCCUAUCAUCUUGUGACUGGCCCCGACACACACACACACAAACCUUUUACAUUACUAUUAAAAUGCUGUACUCAAACUCGAGAGGGGGAUAUGUACAAGAGACCAUUCCUGCGAAUGAUAAGCUCUUGUUUCAAUGAAACACUGUAUGUAUAUUGUGUAAUUAAUGUCUAUUAAAGGUUCAUGAUAACCCA